UGCUCUCUAAAGCACAAGGAAUAGGUUCCAGCUCAGUCAAACUUCGAGGGGGCUCUCUAUUUAUGAAUGUUGGGAAAUUGGAGAAGCAAGAAGAAGAUAUUAGACAAACACCUCAUGUGAACAUUAAUCCCUUCACUCCUGAUUCCAUGUUCCUUCACAACUCCGAAGGAAAAUGUCGUAGGAGAAAGAGAACGCACUGGAAUGACUCUUGUGGAGAGGACAUGGAUGCAAGUGAUGGAGAGCCUGAAGAUGAAACAAUCAGACCUGCUAAGAGGAUAACAAUAACAGAAAGUAAUAUGAAGUCACGGUAUGCAACCGAAUUUCAUGAGUUGGAGAAGAUUGGAUCUGGUGAAUUUGGUUCUGUGUUUAAAUGUGUAAAGAGGCUUGACGGCUGUAUCUAUGCAAUAAAGCGAUCCAAGAAACCCUUAGCUGGCUCAGUGGAUGAGCAAAAUGCUUUAAGAGAGGUCUAUGCACAUGCAGUUCUGGGACAGCAUUCUCAUGUAGUAAGAUAUUACUCUGCAUGGGCAGAAGACGAUCAUAUGCUUAUACAGAAUGAAUAUUGCAAUGGUGGCAGUUUAGCAGAUGCCAUAAGUGAAAAUUACAGGAAUAUGCGUUACUUUACUGAACCAGAACUGAAGGACCUGCUACUUCAGGUGGCUCGAGGUUUAAAGUACAUUCAUUCGAUGUCACUGGUACACAUGGAUAUCAAACCUAGUAAUAUUUUCAUAUCUAGGACAUCAGUCCCGAGUACAACUUCAGAAGAAGGUGAUGAUGAUGACUGGUCGUCUGAUAGAGUCAUAUUUAAAAUAGGUGACCUUGGUCAUGUAACUCGAGUAUCUAGUCCGCAAGUGGAGGAAGGUGAUAGCCGUUUUCUUGCAAAUGAAGUCCUACAAGAGAACUACACUCAUUUGCCAAAAGCGGAUAUUUUUGCUCUUGCUCUGACUGUUGUCUGUGCUGCUGGGGCUGAACCACUUCCGACUAAUGGGGACCAAUGGCAUGAAAUUCGACAAGGAAAACUACCUAGAAUACCACAAGUGCUUUCUCAAGAAUUACUAGACUUACUAAAAGUUAUGAUUAAUCCUGAUCCAGAGAAAAGGCCUUCAGCUGUGGCACUAGUCAAGCAUUCAGUGCUUCUCUCUGCUGCAAAAAAGAGUGCAGAGCAGCUCCGGAUAGAACUGAAUGCUGAAAAAUUCAAAAACUCGCUCUUGCAGAAAGAGCUGAAGAAGGCACAGAUGGCAAAGGCCGCAGCUGAGGAGCGAGCACUGUUCACUGACAGAAUGACAACUAGAUCUACGACACAAAACAGACCAUCUCGACUCAUUGGAAAGAAAAUGAACCGCUCAGUUAGUCUUACUAUAUACUAACUAUGAAGUCUAAACGAACUACUGAGGAUGGCUAUAGCAUCUCUGCCAGACUGAAGCCUAAGGAAUUGAAAGCAUUCAAUUCCUGGUUUCUCGUCCUGUGUCAGUGUCACAAGUUUUACAGGAAUUGCUUCUGGGUUUUUACUUGUACAAUACGGCUGAUUAGCUGUAUUAACCAUUUGAGUUAAUGGACUCCGUUACUAUCUUGUCUAUGGAGGAUCCUGGAUGUUAAUCCAUAAGCCUUUCAGUUACACUGUUAGAUGUUACAUCGUCCCAGGGUUAACCACUAUAGUGGUGUGCUGCUUUGUAGUGUUACGGCAUUGUAAUAAGAAGUAAUAUCCCUAAUGAUCUUUAAGACGGAGGGAGGGGGCCUUGCUUUGACAGUUACUGAUUUUUUUUUUUUGGAGCAGAGGGGAAUAAAUUUUGAAAGACAGGCUUUAAGGCCACCUACACUCAAUGUACCUGAUGCCAGGUAGACCUUUAUUGUGAAUUUUAUUUGUAUAUUCAACUGGGAGCACUUUGUAGGCAUUGCAUAAACCACAGCUUAGAAACCUGUGGAAUUAAGUGCCAUGUGGAACUGCUGCUAUUUUUAGUUUGUUGUCCUCGCUGUAAACUGUAGCAUUAAAACAAUCAUUAUUGUGUUAAUAGGCUUCUUGUUAAAACAAUUACGUGAAACAAAUCUAAGCUGCAUUUUAGUGAAGGCAGCAUUUUUCUCUUGAAGCUAGUGCAUUGUGAAAUAAUGCACCAAUUUAAUAUUUGGACUCUGUAUUAGUGUAGUGCAAUUGUUAAUGUCUUGGCUAUUGAUGUUUUGUAGUUCUUUCUAAUAAGGUUCUCUAAAUGUUGGUAUUCUCUUCAGUUGUCCAUUCUUGAGGCUAUUGUAUUUUUUUUUUAAUGUUGGAAUACUUGUAAAUAAUUGUUUAGUGUAAGUGUUCAGGUUGUUCUUAAUUGUUUAUGUACAUAAAUUUGAUCGUACUUACAGUAUACUAUACCGAAACUGCAGUCUGAGGUGCCAACAGGCAAACCUUAGGUAUUCAGUUUUAAGUUCCAAAAUGAACAGAAUGUGGCUGUCAGAACCUGUACUGAUGUUGGACAUAGGCUGACAGAUGUUGCUAAAAAAUAGAACUGUUCUAAUUACUGGCUUAUCUCUUCAUUAAUUUUAGUUUAAACAAUGUUUCCCAUUUGUGCUCUAUUUGUUCUUACUAGUGUUGAAUUUGAAUAUUAAAGUUAAAAACUUUGUUUAA